GCGCGCGUCGCCUAAACCCGGGCCGGCCCGGGAGGGGCGCCGGCCUGCUGGUGUGGGGCCGAGGGGACAAGAUGGCGGCGGAACACUUCCACCGCCUCACUCACCUGGGCGUGGAGCGGCCGGGCACUGGGGGAGGGGAGCUGCGAUUUCAUCAACACCUUAUGGGAGAAGAAUGGAAUAGGUGCUGUGGACAGUUUAUGAAUUAGGAAAUUGGGGCUCAAAGAGAUAACUUCUCCAGGUUACUUGCUGUUGAUUUCUGACUUAAGACUGGAAUUAUACCCCAUGGGAUUAUGUGGUAAAUGAUCUUCUUGCCACAGAAGAGAAUUAAAGAGUGAUGGCUUCCUUCCAGCGCUCCAAUAGUCAUGACAAAGUAAGGAGAAUAGUUGCAGAGGAGGGUCGCACAGCAAGGAAUCUCAUAGCUUGGAGUGUCCCACUAGAAAAUAAAGACGAUGAUGGAAAACUGAAAUGUCAAAGUGGUGGAAAAUCUAAGAGGACAAUUCAGGGUACUCAUAAAGCCACUAAGCAGAAUACUGCAGUAGACUGUAAAAUAGCAUCCGCAACUGGAGAUAAACAUUUUGAUAAAAGUCCCACAAAAGCAAGACACCCACGGAAAAUUGAUCUAAGAGCUCGCUACUGGGCAUUUCUUUUUGACAAUCUUCGCCGGGCAGUAGAUGAAAUCUAUGUAACUUGUGAAUCAGAUCAGAGUGUGGUGGAAUGUAAGGAGGUGUUAAUGAUGCUGGAUUACUAUGUGAGAGAUUUCAAAGCAUUGAUUGACUGGAUUCAGCUUCAGGAGAAGUUAGAGAAGACAGAUGCUCAAAGCAGACCAACCUCACUAGCAUGGGAAGUCAAGAAAAUGUCUCCUGGACGUCACAUGAUUCCAAGCCCAUCAACAGAUAGAAUGAAUGUAACAUCAAAUGCUCGAAGAAGCUUAAAUUUUGGGAGUUCACCUGGCACAGUAGCUGCUCCUCGCCUGGCUCCCACGGGUGUCAGUUGGGCUGACAAAGUCAAGGCUCAUCAUACAGGUUCUGCCACUACUUCAGACAUAGCACCUGUUCAACCCUGCCCACCAAUGACAGUGCAAAAGACUUCCCGAAAAAAUGAACGGAAAGAUGCUGAAGGAUGGGAGACUGUUCAGAGAGGAAGGCCAGUUCGUUCUCGAUCCACAGCAGUGAUGCCAAAAGUCUCAUUAGUAACAGAAACCUUACGGUCAAAGGAUGACAGCGAUAAGGAGAACAUAUAUCUUGUACCUGAUGAAAGCAUACAGAAAGAUGAACGUGCUGGAGACAGACCUUGCAUUAUAGAAUCUCGGCCCAAAGAUUCAUUACACUAUUCUGACCGUCCUCUUGCUGAAAGGACUGAGUUCACAGUGAGUAUAUUGGAUGAUGUCAAGAAUUCUGGCAGUAGUCAAGACAAUUCUGUGCAAACUUCUGAAAUACCAGCUGUUCACAUCGAUACAGAUUGGGCUUCAGUUACUCAGCAAACUACCACACCUUUGCAAGCAGAUGAAGACCAAGUUCCAGCAGAGGAGGCAGGGGUAGAAAAUGAAAUGGACCCUUCAGAUAUUUCAAAUGUGAGUGCUGCUAACUUGUCCAUGGCUGAAGUCCUCGCUAAAAAGGAAGAGCUAGCAGAUCGCCUAGAAAAGGCCAACGAAGAGGCCAUUGCCAGCGCCAUUGCUGAGGAAGAGCAGCUGACUAGAGAGAUUGAAGCCGAGGAAAACAAUGAUAUCAACAUUGAAACUGACAAUGACAGUGACUUUUCUGCCAGCAUGGGCAGUGGGAGUGUAUCUUUCUGUGGUAUGUCUAUGGACUGGAAUGAUGUUCUUGCAGAUUAUGAAGCUCGUGAAUCUUGGCGCCAAAAUACAUCCUGGGGGGAUAUUGUAGAAGAGGAACCUGCCAGACUUCCAGGGCAUGGAAUUCACAUGCAUGAAAAGCUUUCUUCACCAUCUCGUAAAAGAACAAUAGCAGAAUCUAAGAAGAAAUAUGAAGAGAAGCACAUGAAAGCACAGCAGUUAAGGGAAAAGUUGCGUGAGGAGAAGACGUUAAAGCUUCAAAAAUUGUUAGAAAGGGAGAAAGAUGUCCGAAAGUGGAAAGAAGAAUUACUAGAUCAACGACGUAGAAUGAUGGAGGAGAAAUUACUUCAUGCUGAGUUUAAACGAGAGGUACAGCUACAGGCAAUUGUGAAAAAAGCACAAGAAGAGGAAGCUAAGGUAAACGAGAUUGCCUUUAUAAAUACCCUUGAAGCACAGAAUAAACGCCAUGAUGUUUUAUCAAAAUUGAAGGAAUAUGAGCAGAGACUUAAUGAAUUACAGGAAGAGCGUCAGAGAAGGCAAGAAGAAAAGCAAGCUCGUGAUGAAGCUGUGCAGGAACGCAAGAGAGCCCUAGAGGCAGAACGGCAAGCCCGUGUAGAAGAAUUGUUGAUGAAGAGGAAAGAGCAAGAAGCCCGAAUUGAACAACAAAGACAAGAGAAGGAAAAAGCCCGUGAGGAUGCAGCGCGGGAAAGAGCCAGAGACAGAGAAGAGCGAUUGGCAGCACUCACCGCAGCUCAGCAAGAAGCUAUGGAAGAGUUGCAGAAAAAAAUUCAGCUCAAGCAUGAUGAAAGCAUUCGAAGGCACAUGGAGCAGAUUGAACAAAGGAAAGAAAAAGCUGCUGAGUUAAGCAGUGGACGACAUGCAAAUACUGAUUAUGCCCCUAAACUGACCCCUUAUGAAAGAAAGAAGCAGUGCUCUCUCUGCAGUGUCCUGAUCUCUUCUGAGGUAUAUCUCUUUAGCCACAUUAAAGGGAAAAAGCAUCAGCAAGCUGUGAGAGAGAAUAGCAGCAUCCAGGGGCGUGAACUUUCAGAUGAAGAAGUGGAACAUCUGUCCUUGAAGAAGUAUGUUGUUGAUAUUGUGAUUGAAAGUGCAGCUCAACCAGAGCCUGUGAAAGAUGGAGAAGAAAGGCAGAAAAAUAAGAAAAAAGCUAAAAAGAUAAAAGCCCGAAUGAACUCCAGGGCUAAGGAAUAUGAGUGUUUAAUGGAAACAAAAAGUUCUGGCUCAGACUCACCUUACAAGGCAAAGCUUCAACGAUUAGCCAAAGAUCUUCUAAAGCAACUACAGGUACAAGACAGCGGCUCAUGGGCAAACAAUAAGGUUUCAGCUUUAGAUCGGACCCUAGGUGAGAUCUCUAGAAUCUUGGAAAAAGAGAAUCUGGCAGAUCAGAUUGCAUUUCAAGUUGCUGGUGGAUUAACAGCCCUUGAACACAUCCUUCAAGCAGUGGCCCCCACCACAAAUGUGAACACAGUUUCACGAAUUCCUCCUAAGUCUCUCUGCAAUGCAAUCAAUGUUUACAACCUCACCUGCAAUAACUGUUCAGAAAACUGCACUGAUGUUCUGUUUAGUAACAAGAUUACCUUCUUAAUGGAUCUCCUGAUACACCAGUUGACGAUUUAUGCUCCAGAUGAAAAUAAUGCUAUUUUGGGAAGAAACACAAAUAAACAAGUUUUUGAAGGGUUGACAAGUGGACUUCUGAAAGUCAGCGCUGUGGUUUUUGGCUGCCUGAUUGCCAAUCGGCCAGAUGGAAACAGCCGGCCAGCAACACCAAAAAUAUCAACACAGGAAAUGAAAAACAAACCCUCGCAAGGUGAUGCUUUUAACAGUCGAGUUCAAGACCUUAUCAGCUACGUUGUCAACAUGGGUCUGAUUGACAGACUGCGUGGCUGCUUCCUCUCAGUGCAAGGCCCAGUGGAUGAGAAUCCCAAGAUGGCCAUGUUUCUACAGCAUGCUGCAGGAUUCUUACGUGGAAUGUGUACGCUUUGCUUUGCUGUCACUGGAAGGUCCUACAGCAUAUUCGACAGUAAUCACCAGGAUCCCACAGGGUUGACAGCUGCUCUUCAGGCCACAGACUUGGCUGGAGUUCUACACAUGCUCUACUGUAUCCUCUUCCAUGGCACCAUCUCAGACCCCAGCACUGCCAGUCCCAAGGAGAGUUAUACCCAGAACACCAUCCAAGUAGCCAUUCAGAGUUUACUUUUCUUCAACAGCUUUGCGGUUCUUGACCUGCAUGCUUUUCAGUCUGUUGUAGGGGCAGAGGGCUUGUCCCUUGCAUUCAGGCACAUGGCCAGCUCCUUGCUGGGCCACUGCAGCCAAGUCUCCUGUGAAAGCCUCCUUCAUGAGGUCAUCGUCUGUGUGGGCUACUUCACUGUCAACCACCCAGAUAACCAGGUAAUUGUGCAGUCAGGCCGCCACCCCACGGUGCUGCAGAAGCUCUGCCAGCUGCCCUUCCAGUAUUUCAGUGACCCACGGCUGAUCAAAGUGCUGUUCCCUUCACUUAUCGCCGCUUGUUACAACAACUGUCAGAACAAGAUCAUUCUGGAGCAGGAGAUGAGCAGCCUUUUACUGGCCACGUUCAUUCAGGAUUUUGCACAGACUCCAGGUCAGGUAGAUAACCAGUGUUACCAUCCCAAAGGAAAAUGCCUUGAUUCCCGGGACUAUCUGGAGCUGGCUAACAGAUUUCCUCAGCAGGCCUGGGAAGAAGCGCGGCAAUUUUUCUUGAAAAAAGAGAAAAAAUAAAUGUUUUGGCUGAUUCUGUAUUUGAGUACCUUUGUUAAUAUUUUUAACUGUUCAGACAAACAUUUGAACUGUUCCUGAUGGAACUCUCUCAUGUCUGUGCUCUCGGUGCACUGUAGAUGUGGUUGGUACAUUCUUUGCACUAUUUACAAUGACUGUAGAUAUCUUAAUGUUCUUCUGAAUUUUCCAAGUUGAGUUUAUUUCAUUUAUGCACAGUAUUUUGGAGUUUGUUUACUUCUAUACUAUGAUAAUAUGUAAUUUUCGUUUGUAAUAUGGGUAAAAUUAGACGUAAGAUUAGCAAGUAUUGUUCUUGUAAUUGUUUUCAGUGUUGGCUUUUCAUGUUAAGGCAAUACAAAUUUGAAAGAAGUCUCAAUUUCAACUCUUGAAGUAUCUUCAUUAAAGUUUGGAGUAAAGAACUUUUUAACACUUUUUCAUACAAAUUGCUUAAUAUGUUUUGAGACUGAAGUUAAUUCAGGGCACGGUAUGCAUGUGUCUGCCUUCCCUGGCAGAUAGCACCGAAAGCUUAUUAACGUUGCAGAGCUAAAUUUAUUCUCCAAAAUAAAACUCUUUGAUCUGAAAGCA